AUGAGGCUCAGGAGCAUGAAGCCUCAACGAUCCGCGUUCAUGACGAUGGAUGUCAGCAGCGGACAACGACAAGAUGGAAAACGAGAGGGGAGCAAUACCAAACGUGAGUCGUUCUGGUACUUCGGUGUCUUCGCAGCGGCUUUCGGCGGUACCGUGUACUACAGAUCGAGGAACAAUCCGGUCCAGGCCGCAACGUACUCGAAAGGGAUUCCUGGAAAGCGGGUUUUCGGCUACAAGGAAUACUCCGCCGAAACCAUUUCCAAGCACAUCACGAAGAAAGACCGGAUAUGGGUGUCGUGGCGUGAGGGAGUUUACGACAUCACAGACUUCAUUGAGCAACAUCCCGGGGGCAAGACUAUCCUGAUGGCCGCCGGCGGACCUCUCGACCCCUUCUGGGACGUCUUCGCACAACAUCACACUCCAGAGAUCAUGGACGUGCUCGAAGAGUACAGGAUCGGGAAUCUCAUGGAGGAAGAAGGCCCCCCGAAGAAGCAGAAGGAGUACGUUUUUGAUCCCAUGAAAUAUCCGUUGCUCAUCGCCGCCGCUCUAGGGCCCUACCUCGCGAAGCAACGACUCAAUCUCCUAAAAGACUAUCAGAGAUCCGAAAACACCGAAUGAAUGGCACAGCUUCAAUCAAUAAAGAUAUUAA